GUCAAAUAUAUUGCGAGAAGUCAUGGAAAAAAGCUCAGUUAAAUUGCCGCAUUCGAAAGCUCUUAUUGUUCUCGGGGAUAACGAAGCCGGAAAGACAACCUUAAUCGCUAGACUUUCUGGAAAUGAAGACCCUAAAAAAAGUCCGGGGAUCGAGUACCAUCAUAUUGAUAUAAAAGAUGAAGAAAGAGAUGAUCAAACAAAGCUUGGAGUAUGGGUCCUUGACGGUGAUAUGGUCUUUAUUCCAUUGCUCAGCAAUGCAUUGUCUGCCUAUAAUUUUGCUGAUUGUAUGGCAGUUUUAGUUGUUAGUAUGUCGGAACCAUGGAAUAUCAUUGACCGUUUGGAAUUCUGGGUUGAGUUAUUAAAGAACUAUAUAAACAAAAUCGAGCUAUCACUUGAAGAAAUGAAUGAAUUCAAAGAAAGCUCCUUCCUGAAUUUGAUCUUUUCUAAAGGAAUUUAUGCCAGCUCACUCUUUCGGGGCCAGUUUCUGCUGGCUCACAAACCCUACGAUUUCCAUUUUGUAUUUACAAAAUUUUUACGCUUGUUUAUCUACUCUAAUAUAAUUGCUUGCCGAAUCCAUUGGUCAGUGGUGCGUCAUUUCCGCGAAUACAUUGAACCAGACAGUAUACUUCUGCCCCAUCGACCGACAAGUAAUGCAUCCAUCGCGGCGACUAUAUCAUCACCUCAGCCUCCACCCAACGCCAGCACUAGUCCAACCAGCGGUCUAUCAGCUGGUCUAACCUCAAGUCGCCGCCCCACAAACCCACUGCACCCGGCAACAGCACUAUUGCUAAACGCAUCGGCAAAAUAUACUAAUGGGAUGGAUAAAUCAGUCGUAUCGAUAAAUGAAUCUCCACUUUUGAGUCCACCACCAUCAUCCGCAGCAAUUUCGGUUCUUUCGAAGGUUGAGCUGCCUCUCACUAAAGGCGCGUUGAUCAAUAACCUAGGCAUUCCUCUUAUGGUGGUGGUAACGAAAAUCACUAAUUGA